UGGAGCCUGAGCUCAGGAAGCAAUUGGAAACACUAAAAUGAGCUUCUGUCUGUCUUCUAUCGCAAGAAAAAUAUCCAGACGUUGUUUUCGCCGAAGUUGAUUCGCCUCGUUGACAGAAGAAAACAGCUGCUGCUGCUGCAGAGAUCAGAGCUUUGAUUCUCAGGAACUCUGACACACGCAGCUGCAAAAAAAACAUUUCACACUGGAAAACUGUCAGGAGACACAGUGAGAGAGAAUGACGACGCUGCUGGACCUGAAGAGUAGUGUGUUGAGGCAGGUGCAGAGGAGCCAGUCGCUGAGGAGCCGAAGGGAGCCUUCGCCCACCGCCAGCAGCCCCCUCACACACUGUCCUGACCCCUUACCUCGCAGGAUUUCCGAGGAGAGCGUGGAGUUUUUUGAGCGUGUGAAUGCCAUCCUUCAGAAGCAGGAGAACAUGCUGCGGACUGCCCAGGCUGAGUGCGAAAGAGGAGCCUGCACAGUGCCGCCGCCGCAAGAGCAUGUGGAUCAGGCCUUUAUCCCCGACAGAGUCCGGAGGACAGAGCUGGACCUGCUUUAUGAGGAAGCUGUUUACACGGUGGUCAACCGGGUGGGAGUGCCUUCACCUGAACAUGUGAGAAGUGACGAAGACCUGUUUGCUUACCUGCUAAAGGUGUUUGAUAUGGGCGAGGAGGAGCAUGACAUCAUUCUCCAGAAUGUUCAGGAAUCUAAGCGAGCCAGUUUUUCCUUGAGAGUUUCCGUCAUGAAAGCAAAGAGUCUGAUGGCCAAGGACGCAAAUGGGUACAGCGACCCCUACUGCAUGCUGGGAAUCCUGCUGGGCCAGAGUCCGCGGGAGACGGAGGAGAAGAAGGAGAGAAAGUUCAGCUUCAGGAAGAGAAAGGACAAGCUGGAGAAACGCUCCAGCACCAAGGAAGUGUUACCUGCCAGGUGCAUCCAGGUGACCGAGGUCAAACCAGAGACUCUCAACCCAGUGUGGGACGAGCACUUUGUGUUUGAAAUAGAUGAUGUCCAUAAUGACCUCUUACAUCUUGACAUAUGGGAUCAUGACGAUGACGUGUCUGUUGCAGAGGCCUGCAAAAAGCUCAAUGAAGUCAGUGGACUUCGAGGAAUGGGCAGGUAUUUUAAGCAGAUAGCAAAGUCAGUGCGCUCCAAUGGAUCUGCAUCGUCAGGCUCCGAGGACAACGCCGACGACUUCCUCGGAUGCAUCAACAUCCCUUUGAGUGAGUUCCCAAUUGUCGGCUAUGACACCUGGUUUAAGCUGGAGCCUCGAUCAAGUACAUCUAAAGUUCAAGGAGAAUGUCACCUGAUACUGAAGCUCUUCACCAGCCAGAGGGACACAGCUUUGUCUAAGACCGACUCAAAUGUCUCCAUUCACAAGAAACUGCUGAGUCAGAUUGUGGAGUAUGAGCACGGUCAUGUUAAGAGAGAGCCCUACAACUGGAACGGGCAGGUUGGUCCUCCAGCAUGGACUGUGCUGACUCACCAUGCUGUGCAAACUGAUCUCUCACCUCUCCAACAGGCUGUUAUACGCUGGCAGUGCUACAGCAGCCACCAUCGGACCCAGAGGGUGUGCUACUCCCUGCUGCUGCGCCUCCUGAGGACCGUCGAUGCAGAGUGGGACCCCACCGCUGUGAGGGGAGACCUGGAGAGGCAGCUGUCAGACAGCUUCAGGCUGUACACAGAGCACUGCCUGUGCCUGAUGAAGAACAUGCGUCAGGUUUUCCCCUGCACCAGCGCUGCUGCCAUUACACGCUACGAGCUCAUGCUGAGGGGGAUCGGCUACAUGCAAAACAUGCUGGCGUUUACGACUGUGUGUCCCCUUCGAAAUGAUCUGCAGUUGGACAUCACUACUGCUGUCAAGAAAGGAACUGUGGAGUGGUACGAGAGCUUAAUUGCACGAUAUAAACCAGAGGAUGGGACUCUGGAGGAGCAGCUGAAGAAGCUGGUUCAGGUGGUUGAUUCCGUGUGUGCAGACGUACAGAGAGCCCAACACAUUUACAACAAACUCUUCUACAGUGCAGUGAAAGUAGAUUUCUUCAGCACAUCAUACAGGCAGUUGGAGAAACAGGUAGCCGAUGAUGUAAAUGUAGCAAUGGAGCGCGUUUGUGGGACUCUGGAGCAGGAGAGCUCCAGACUGACGCAGACAAUGGGAGAGACCAUCUUUGAACUCUUCAUGUCCUUGAACAUCCUCAAAGGCUUUCGAGAGUUUCUUCCUCUCAAGGACGCGAAAAUGUUGGCCUUGACAGGCUUUCAUAACUGGUUCAAGUCAUCGAUUCAUAAGUGGCUGCAGAUCGUUCAUGACAGAUCCUGUGACAGAAUUCGUAAAGCAGUGGAAACAGACAAGCUCGAGCCUGUGCAGCAGGCCCAACACAGCUCCUCUGCAGUGGAGGUGGUAAUGUGCUUCAGCCAGGUACGGGAGAUCUGGCUCCAGCUGGCCUGGCCAGACUCUGCGGGGGCCUUCAUCUUUGUCACUCGUUUGACAGACAAUUUCUGCAGCGAGGCUGUCUGCUACUCUGAGAUGAUAACACGAAAGAUUGAGAGAAACCAGCUGGGUCGAGACCACAAGAGCUUCACAGUGCAGCUCUGCAUCGCCCUGAACAACACAGAGCACGUGCGUGUCUUCCUGGGUCACCUGCCCCGUGACCUGGACUGGCAAGGUGUGGAGCGGGCCAUGGAGGAGUCUUGCGGGGUGGAGGGGAAGGAGCAGGUUUACAAGGCUCUCAAUGGGCAGCUGUUCAACAUGGACCUGGACCUGCAGAGAGAAGCCAAGCAUCUCAUCACGCUGCUCACCGACAAGAUGCUGCCAGAGCUGCGGAGGUACAUCCAGCACAUCAGCUUGUCUCCAGACUCCAUCAACAAUGACGACGCUGUGUCGCCCCUUAUGAAGUACUUACAAGACACUAUGGUGAUCCUCACUGAAAACCUUGUGAAGGAGAAUCUGAUGACAGUUCUCCAAAGCAUGUGGGAGCUGCUCCUGCGGAUGAUCCUGGAUGCGGUCGCAGAAAACAGGGGCGUUCAGGUGGAGUUCUACAACCGCUUCCAGUACACAGUGGAGACCCUGUUGCAGUUCUUGCAUGUCAAGGGAGAGGGUCUUUCCCUGGAAGACAUGAAGAGUGAAGACUACAAGGUCCUGGAUGAGGAGCUCAGGCUGAAUAAAUGUCCCUCCUUUGAGCUGAUUGAACAGUACUAUCUGGAGAAGAUUUCCCAACAGAAAACACUGAAACAUACUCGCUUUGGUCGGAUCAGUGUGAAGUGCUACUAUGAUGCUCCAGAGCAGAGACUGACGGUGGAGAUUCUGCACGCUGCAGAUAUCAUCGCACUGGAUGCUAACGGUCUGAGUGACCCAUUUGUCAUAGUGGAGCUCUGUCCUCACCACCUGUUCCCUAUGGCCAAGAGUCAACGCACGCAAGUGAAACUUAAAACCCUGCACCCAGUAUUCGACGAGCUCUUUCACUUCCACGUCAGUCCAGAACAGUACAGACACAGGUAUGCCUGUUUGACCUUCACUGUGAUGGACUAUGACUGGCUUUCCACCAACGACUUCGCCGGUGAAGCCGUGGCUCCUCUCAGCGACUUCUGCUGGCCAGGGAGACCGAACGCCUCAGCUGCCGGCAAGAGCGUCCAGCCUGUCAUUCUCCACCUGUCUCGCAGUAAACCCAGCGAAAAGCCAAUCAUGAGGAUGCUGGACGCUCGCAUUGGAGACAAGGAGGCUCAGGAGUUUGUCCGCAGGCUGAAGGAGAUUGAGAAGUCAAUGGAGGAGGAGUAAAAGCUGUCCGUGCUGCCUGUGUUGGUGUUUUCUGACCACGUCUUGCGAUAUGUGCUUUUGUACUGGUACGAUGUUUACAAUAUUUGAAUUUCCAACAAUGUUAUCGUUUGUUCAGUAAUUAUACCAAAAUGAAAAGAGAAAAAAAGGAGAACAGUGAAGCUUAUAGCUGUUUACUAGCUGGGAGAUGGACAUCCUGUCACUGUGCAACCCUGUGCCGUCUCAGUCAAACUAUAUUUUAAAAUUGAAUGGAUAGUUGAUCCUAAAUGUUACCAGUCUAUAUUUUUUGUAAUGAGGUAAUUGUUAUCUUUGUUGUAUGAUCUUUGAUAUGAUAGAUUUAACAUUUCAGAACUAUUUUAUGGAAGUAGCUAAUGUAUCCAAUAGUAUUCAGUCAGAGUCUAAAUCUAUACCUCAGAUAUGCUCAUUAGUUGCAGGGGAGUAACCAGUAUUGAUACUUUUCCUUCCCCUUGGACACUGAGGAGAUAGAUUGCAUGAAAGCCUAUUUAGGAUGUAAAAACUUGAACCCACACUGAUGUCCCUCAGACAGUGGCUUACUAACAAACGCUUAUGAAUAAAAAUACCUAUGUCGUGAAGGAACUCAUGAAGACAUAUAUAGCUUUUGGGGGAUUGUACUUUCUGAGUCUUGGUGUUUUAAGGCAGGUCAGACAGCUCAGCAGCAGGGAGACCUAACGCUCCCCUGAGGCACACGCCACAGCUCGGGUUCAUUCCACUUUUCAGAUUGCUCUUCACAAAGCUCACGAUGGGUCAUUGAAGAGGUCAAAAACCUUGUUGAGUUCUUUUAACUCAGUUCCUUCUUGCUGUCUGACACCAGUAAGCCAACAUCUCUGCAGAAAUAUAUGAGACAGUUUUACUGGCAACACUGCACUAAUUGAAGGUUUUACAAAGUCAGCACAUUGACAGAAACAAAUUUGUGUCUGUCAUACAUAAAUGAGGAAAAAUGUGUUGAACAAUGAACAGGUUCAUUUAGAGAACUCAUGUCCCAUCGAGGAAGUAUUUGACUUUUGUACGGCUUCAUUUAAUCUCAAUCUGUGUUGUCGAGAGCUACAAAUCCAAAUGUUAGCGACUGAAACUUAAUUGUACAGCCUUACAGGACGCACCACGAAUUACUAAGCGUGCUUGGGUGUCAUUAUGAGAAGAUUGAUACCACUCUCAUGUCUGUAGAGUAAAUGGUAAGCUACCUCCAGCUGCUGAUUAGCUUAGCUUAGCACAGUUUACCUGGCUCUGUCUAACAGUAACAAAAAUGCACCUACCAGUACCUCUAAAGCUCACUAAUGAACACAAAUAAAUUGUAAUAUUGACACAUUGUAGUUUCAGGUGGAGGCUAAUUCUUGGCUGGGGACAGUGACUUAUUGAAGUCGCUACUUAAUGAUCACAAGACUCCUUGAAUUAUUCAGUUAUAAUACGGCAUAUUUGGGCUAUUGUUGGUAAAAUAAUAAUUGCAAAAUUCUCUGAGAUGAAAAUAGCUAAUUUACGAGAGAAUGCACAAAUUUGCGAGAAAAUAUAUUCUGGAUGGAUGGAUGUCAUUAGUGUCAGCCACAAUAUCAUAUAUUGUUCAUUUUUUUUGUAAAUUUGCCACUUAAAUUUCUGAAAGAAUCCUUGGUUUUUUGGGGUAAAUUUCCGAUUUUUAAUUGACCCCCUGAUUGGCCCUAGACUUAUAGUUGUUGUUUUUUAAACUCCGGGUGGCAAAAUCGAGUUGAGUUUGUUUUUUGUGCUAGCCCACGGACUACAAGUGACCCAUUAGCCCAGUCAAGAAAUAGUCUCGCACAUAACCUCCAUAAAACCACAACGUGUCAUUUUAACACCGCUGUGAAGCAGACUCAAGUUCUCUCCCAAAAAACGAAUAAUAUUGACUUAAAUGUUUUUUUAGAGUCGCCAGCAGGAAUUAAAGUUAUUACCAAGAAGAUAUUUAAUUAGUUUUUGAAACUUAAACUAUUGUGUAAACAUGAACAAAGUCCAACCAAACAAAUAAAACAGAUUUUACAUUUUUCGUUCAUUUAUGGAGUUCAAAUUUAUGAAUAAUCGGUGAAAUUAUUAACCACUCUUAUUUUCCUGAGGGAGCAGAAGUUAUAUUCAGAACCAUUCAUGGUUAUGGGGAUACACCAGGAGACCCUGAUGCCUGAUAAUUGAAAGGGAGAAAAUUCACCCUGACGUACUGUCCCCAGAGAGUGUGUUGCAGUGUGUGGCCAGAUGGUGGCUAAUUGCAGCUAAUGAACUCAUGUAGCGUUCAGAAAGUUCUGGAAAGACGGCAAGGCCUUUUGUUAUCCCAACUUUAAAUUAUUGUAGGUUCAUCACAGGGUUUAUACACGGACCACAAUUUGAGUUUGAGUCUAAAUCUCUCGAGGUAAAGAGAAAUAAAAAGUACAAUGAGCCCGUGCAGUGGCAUAAUUAUACAUAAGGGGCAAGGCAAGACCUCGCUGCCUGCAGCAGCUCUCAUUUGCCUGACCGCUUUAAUUCAACACCAGCUCUCAGUCCUCCAAAGCUAUGUCACUAAAAGGUUAGGAUAUCAGUAUUUUUACAAAAAUAAAUAACAAUCAGAGCACUGUGGAUUACUUGUGGAACAUAUGAAAUUGUUAUGCAAUUGAAACAUGACUAAACAACUCAGAAAAGCACAAAUUCUGAUCACAGCUUAAUAAUGGAGUAACCUUUACAUUUGACUCUAGUAGCUGUGACUUAGCAAGCUAAUAUUAUUGUAGCAAGUCUAAAGUCUAAAGGACAGGUUUUGAAUUAAAUCAGGAUUAGGUUAAAAUCUAAAACUAGUCUUAAAAAACUAUUUUUCUUCUUGAAUAGAAAAUCCUGCACUAAUGAGUUUAGUUUCAGUCAGCUGUGUGAGUCCUCUGGCGAGAGUGACCUAACGAGGUUAAUGUAAAUCACCUGUGAUGUCCUCGUGAGAGCUGCAACUGAUUACAAAAUUCCCACGAUAUAGUGCAGUCCAGAGCGAAGAACAGAUAACGGAAGCAUAGAAAGUAUUUAUGAGUCCAAAUUUGUCACGUCUCUCUAAUGGCGAAUGAAUCGGACUUUUCAAACGACAGGUUUAAUUUAAGCCCCUUUAGACCUGGUGGAACUCUAAUCUUCCUUCAGGAAAUCGAAUACAAGACUCACUUAAAUGUAGGACUAUUUUGAGGUCAUCUGUAGUGUAUUUAGGAUUUAAUUUAGGCUUAAUUACAGUCCAAGAAACUGGUCCUUACUGUCACAAAUGUAGCUUAGAGUUUACACUAUUAAACCGAUAAUAAGAUGAGGCGGUUCUAGGCAUUAGGAAAAAUGCAGGCUAUAGGUAAACUCCUACUCAACCCCCCCGGAAAAAAAGAUGCUCCAUGAUGUUGAGUUUGACUUUGCAUGUUAAAAAAGCUUAGUAGCAUACACAAACCAGGCCUUUAGGAGUUGCUAAAGACUGUUGCCAGUUUAAAUGUGGCACUUUUAUUGUACCUUGAUGACAAGGCUACAGAAUCACAAAACAAACACGGAAAAACACUGUAGCAAGUGCCGAGCACAGGAAUUUUCACAUCGACAGCAUUUUAUCAGUGAUGUAACUUAAUAGUAGCUGCUUGUGUAGUGCUUUGUCGUUACUCUGUGGAGUUGUGGGGAUGAAGCACGCAAAAAAACAUAUUUAAAAGCAUAUAUCUAUGCCUGGAGAUUGUUCUGCAUUGAGUGAUGAAUCCUUUCAGAUCUGAACAGCACAUGCCUUUAUGUCUUAUUUUAGAUUUUAAGAUAUCACAGGCUAUAUUACUGACCUCUUUCGUCGUUGGUAUAUUAACAUUACCUGACAUAUUUUGUUAAAAACAUACUGCAGGUUAUCCUAAACAAAGACUGAAGGACAUGAGUAUGAUAUAUAAAUAAUGAAUGGAUCUAUUGACUGAAAUAUUCAUAAUUGUCAGUGUGGCAGUAAUAUUUUCUCUGUAUUCAAAUCCAUAGACUAUUAAAACCAGAUAUUCUGGCCAGAUGUUUACACAAAUACAUGCAACCUCACAUUAUACAGUAUAGAAAAUGAAAACUAAUAUUAUAUAAUACAAUUUAUACUGGGGUCACAAUAAAACAUUUUUACAGUUUUAGAUCGAAAAUCCAGAUUCUUGAUGAGGAAGGCACAGUCUAUUUUUCCAGUCAAUACAAAUGUCUAUGUUCAGCAUAGUAGACGUCCUCAUGUUGCCCUUAAACAGGCAAUCUGGUCAGUAUUAGUAGAGUACAUUGAUUUAUUCUUGUGAUUUUCAAAGAUUCAAAUAAAGUAUUUGUCUUCAAAUGUUCAGUGAAGUCAGUUGUAUUAUCAUAGUAUUCAUUUCCUGCAAAGUGCAUUAGACAAAAGACUAGUUUUGCUGACCAUAAUAAAAAAAAGGGAAAGGAUAUCAGACUGUGAAUUUACAGAAUGUCAUCACAAUUUAGUUCCAUGACCGCCUGCUGACCUAUUUUAUUUAAGGUACUAAUAUAGAAAUAUUUACUGAAAUUAGUAUUUGGUUUGUCGUCUGCCGUCCAAAUUAAAAGGCAACAGCUGGUGUAAUGUAUCUUCAAGAGGCAAAAUACCUUCAAUUUGUUAUCGUAAAAGUGAACUAUUUGUCCUUGAAUUGUAAAUGCCUGUGUUGCUGUUUACUGGAUUAUUAUACCUUUGGGACCUUGAAUAAAGAUUGUAAUUAAAUUUGAACUUGUUGCCUUCACUGACAUGCGCAUAAAGCAUUUGAAUAUGGAUAAUGGUUGGAGUGAUUAAUGCCACCACUGUUGGACACUGACCUGUUUCUCUACACUUUAUCUUUCCUACCGUGUCAUCAUCCGCCCAAUCACUGUCCCAUGUUCCUCGGUGCUGUCUCUCCUCGACCUUUAAUAUU